AUGAGUGAUCACGAUCAGAAGCAUGGUGAGGAGGCGAGCAAGCAACAACUGCAGGAAAUGCUGGACGCUGCGAAUGCUGAAAACGCGCAUCUUCGUGCCCAACUGGAGGACCUAAUGAACAGGGUGAGUUUCUUGUUGUCGAUAAGCAAUGUUGAACAACUGCUUUAA